CGCCAUAUUGGUUAGAGGGUUUCUAUGUAUACAAACGGACCAUCACAGUACAUAGCCUAUGCAUCAAACACCUGUGUAGGACGAGACCUCUUUGGUGUCUGGAUAUAGAGAUUUUCUGACCUCUAACUAGCUGCUGGCGGGCUCCCCUUAUCCCUGAACAGAGCAAUGAGUUGCUGUGGGUAUAACACUGUCACUCCCGUGAAGUCUGAUAAUUCCAACGAAGAGCACAAAGAUUUUGAAGGGCCACUCAAAAACCGCUACUGUCGCGAUAUUAUAUUUCUGCUGCUCUUUGUUGCAUAUCUUGGAUUUAUGAUUUACACCACUGCCGUGGCGCUUCACAAAGGAGACGCCUUCCGGAUUGUCUACGGGGUCGACAGCUGGGGAAACACGUGCGACCGACCAAAUGCCGUCAUAGAUGGCGCCAGGUAUUCAGGACGAGAUAUGACUGGUCUGAAAUAUUCAUUUUACUUCAAUCCAGCGAUAUUCAGUGGAAGUGGCAAGUCAGUCGUGAUAUGUACUAACGCGUGUCCGGAAGUUAACAUCACCAGCGUCGCCGAUCUGCAAACGCUCGCCAACCAGGGUACAAAACUCUGCCGAUAUGACGUGGCCGUCAGUGCUUACCACAACGGACAGUCAGACGGUCUUGGCUCUUGUCCAAAACUACCAUUGGAAGAAACAGGGGAGGUUCUCCGGCGGUGUGUACCCAAGUCAAAUGCUGAUGCGUUGAACUCUAUAAGCCAGUCCCUGACCAGUCUACUCAACACUAUUGACACCAACUUCGCUGAGAAAUGUGUGAACGACCUGGAAAGAACCUGGAGAGAGAUAAUCUACUUGUGUUUGAUUGCCUUCGGCCUGGCCCUGGCUAUGUUGAUCUUUCUCCGGUUUUUCGCUGGAGUCAUCAUCUGGAUAAUGGUUAUUGCUUUGGGUCUGGGAUGUCUUAUUGCCACAAUAUUUUGUUGGUACACCUACGCCGUGCUUAAUGCGUCAGUGAAUGCCAAAACGUCCCCAACAACCGCGGAACAAGACGAAGUUCGGAACUGGUUGAUUGGGGCUAUUUGUGCCACAAUCAUCGCCGCUAUCAUACUGUUGGUGUUGCUCGUAUUACGGUCCAGAAUUGCUCUGGUUGUUCAGCUUUUUAAGGAAGCCGGAAAGGCGAUCGGUAGUGUGCCCUUCAUACUGGCGCAGCCCAUCUGGACUCUUAUCAUCUUAUCCGGAACAGUAGCUGGCCUAAUCUUCGUCUUCAUGUACAUUGAAACAGCCAGUACGCCAACGGUUGAUGACACAAAUGGCCACGUGACUUUCACGCCAAACACUGACAUGCAGGUUUACAGGUGGUUUUUCAUCUUGGGCAUACUGUGGAUUACAGAGUUCAUCGUCGCCAGUCAAGAGGUCGUCAUCGCCAGCUCGGUAGCCAUCUGGUUUUUCACUAGAGACAAGUCCACUCUGAGGACGCCGAUCUUGACGUCAAUUUACCGCCUUAUCAGAUAUCACCUUGGCUCCGUGGCGAUCGGUUCUCUUAUCAUUGCUCUCGUCAAGUUCGCCCGCUUGAUCCUUUCGUACAUCGAGGGGAAGAUACGUGGCAAAGUGGGGUGUGUUGCAGUAUUCUGUCUGAAAUGCUUGCGGUGCUGUCUGUGGUGUUUUGAGAAGGCCCUGAAAUUUCUGAACAGAAAUGCUUACAUUGUUAUGGCUAUCCACGGCUACAGCUUUUGUAAAUCCGCAAGGCGGGCGUUUAGCAUAAUAGUCUCCAACGCUUUACGGAUGGUGGCCAUAAACUGUGUGGGAGACUUCGUCCUGUUCCUGGGGAAGGUGGGCACAGUGGCAGCCGUGGCCUGUGUCGGUAUUGAACUGUUCAAGUCACGAACAGACAUCAACUAUAUCUGGUUGCCGAUCACCAUGUCUUGUAUUUUUGCUUAUUUCAUCGCUGGAUGUUUCCUAGAUGUUUAUGAGAUGGCUAUCGACACUGUAUUUGUGUGUUUUGCUGAAGAUUGCGAAAUGAACAACGGCGUGACCAGACCCUACUUUAUGAGUGUUGGACUUAUGAGAUUUGUGGAAAACAGCCGACAAGCGAUUGCGAUAGCUGAAAGAAGGGAGCACAAGUCCUAAUUAUGAGUUCAUAUUCGUAUCAUGCAUGUAUACAUGUAUAAAUGUACAGGACAGCUUUUAGAUGAAAGAGAGCUACGUAUAAUUACAUGUAAAUGUCUAUAUUUUUUAAAAUAUGAAAUCAUUUUUAUGCUGUGCUGACGGUUUUGUAAUAAUAGAAAAAUGAGCAUGUGUUGACACUAUAGUGACAUUAUGCAACAACUUAACGUAAAGUUUAACGUACAGUAAAAAUAUAAGUGUUUGUCUCAAAUGAAAGGCAAUAGAGAAUGAUGUCCAUGCCGAAAGACUUUUUGGUUACAUUUUUUCUUACAUUCCACAAACACAGUUGUUUUCUAGGAGAUGGGCUAAUUCUUCAGGCGUAUUUUCCAAAGCUUUUCACAUUUUUUCCAGCGCCUAGAAAAUCCAUUAAAACUAACUAGGGUGAUCCCGAUACAUUAACCAGAGAUGGUUUCACAGAAAAUAGCUACCUCCAGAAUAAAUACAUGGGAAUAGUUUUGAAAACAGUUUUGUCGGCGCCGCACUGACUUUGUUACAUGUACAAAACCUUUAUAUAUGCAUGCGAACAAUCAUUGCUGUGACUGCAUGUACAUAACCUGAUAGUCUGCCCUAUCUGCAAAUCUGACUCUUUCACAUUCAAACAGAACAUCUCAAUGCUUGUAAUACUUCACAUAUAGUGGGCUUAUAGCACAUAUUUAGGUCUGAUACUGUAAACUUCACCUAACCUUGUGCGGACUCAAUUGACUUAGGCUCUGGUUAAAGUUCACAUGCAAGCAUGCAGUAGGCCUAAUAUUUCAUUUUAUGCGAUGAUAACAUUUAUUCAUCCAUGUAUACUAUUUUACUAUCAUACAUAUUCACUAUUUUUAUAAGUUUCAUAUUUACAUCUGUGUAGUGUGUGAAAAUAUCUGUGAUAUGAAAAAGUAUGAGAUAACAAUGAAAUCGUUGCGUUAAUACUUGUUUUCUUAAAAUAUAUGAUCAUUAUUUUUAUAUUUUUAUACAUUUUUGGACAGUUUAAUUUUAUUAAAGUUGUCAGACAUAUAUGCUUACAAAGGGUAAGAUAUGUCCCGGCUAUGUUUUAGUUUGUGAUGUAAAAAAACCAAGCCAAAUCUUUUAUGAAAAUAUAAUGUUUUUAUUAUUUUAAAAAUCAAACUGUGAGAGAUUUUAUACUUAUGGAUGACUGUGAUUAAUAAAAAUUCAAUAACAUGUUGUUUUUUCUUUCUUCAAUA